CUCAUGAGCCGCCGAACUUCGCUCUCUUGUCUGCGUUUUGCUUCAGGGAUUCUCCCAAAUUUCGUCGGCCAGAAAACCAACCACAAUUAAGGCGCCGAAAUAGUUCGUAAAAAGUUAUAAAUCCGCUAAUCCGUGCAAUAAUUAUGGACGCUUCCUGGAUAUGGUAGUACUGCGUCAGAUUGUUUUUUGUCUGUAUUUCGGCAAAACUACAGUCAGAAGUCGCAGGACUCAACUGAGAAAUUCGGCAGAUUUUCGCAUCCUUUGGCUGUAUUUUAUUUCUGUUUUGUUCAUCAUUGUUAAAAAAUUGACAUGGUAAAUGUUCCCACAGCUACCUUUGUUUGGUAAGUGAAAUUCUGCGAAAAUUACGAAUUACGUGGUAAAAGGAUCAGAAAACCCCAAUUCAACUGACGGUACAAUUAAAAGAAAAACAGUUAAAACUCAUCUCCAAGAAACCAAAAAAAAAGAGCUCACAAUGGCAAAGACUAGAGGUUUGCAAAGGUGAAAUUGUCAUCACCGUCUUUGAUCCAUUUACUGAAAGCUAGUAGGCGUACGCUAUCCUACACGUACACUAAUGACCUUUCUGAAUUCGCUUUUAUUAAUUUCUAUCGCUAAACUAUUGAUUUAAUCGUCGAAAAAUCUACAAUUUGUAUAUCACUUACAGCGAAAAUCAUUUUUUUUCUAGCACUGUUUCUUUGUUUACUCUUUGUAAUACUCGCCUCGAUCGGAUUAUACCAUUCUAAAAACCAUGGUAAACCCACAGUGUUAAAUAAUCGUAACGAGGAUGUGACCAGUCAGUGACAUAAUGUCGCUGCUUUAUGAAGUUGAGACAUGCGAAAAGCCAUUACCAUGAGUUUUACAACUACGCUUCAUCUUUUAAGAGGAGCUUUUCGUUGAACAGUGUUAAUAGUUAUUAUUUUUAAAAAAAGGAGUAAUUCUUUUUUUGACCCGAUCCGCGCGAAUUGUGAAAUUAGUACUUGCGGACUUUGUUGGUUGAUUCUAGCUGGUUUCGUUUUGGAUGUAUAUAUCUGCAUUAUUUUGUGUUUCUAGUUGCCAUUGUAAAAAUGAAGAAUAAUUACACUCCAGUUUCAGAUUCUGAUGACUCUUUCAAAGUGCUCAAUGAUGAAAAGUCAGACGCUAGAUCUUUGGAUGGUACUGGUACGCCUCCUCCGUACUCAGCUCCGAACAAAUUUAUUGAUUUAGAAAUGGCUGAUGGAUCUGCUCAGCAUUCUGCCCAAGAGUCCACUAACAACGCUGGAUCGGAUUCGACAUAUUCGAAGUGGAUUAUUAUCAUAUAUCUCUUUUUUUUUGCGUCUCUUGGGUACAUUGGGGCUUAUUGUAUUCUUCUCGUAAUGUUCUUUUAUUUCAAGGUUCCUGUGAGGGCGCAAGACUUUUGGGGACUUUUUGGCGGAUUUAUUGGGGCGAUAUCAUUAUUUCUUUAUUCAAUGUCUCUAAUUCCUAAAGAAUGGUUCAAGCAAACUGGUACAGUGCUGUCCUGUUUGUUCUCGCAAAUUUGUAGUGUACUGCCCAACAUGUGUGUCGCAGUAAUAUGUACGGCUUCUCUGAAUGUCGUUGGUUUCGUCGUCUAUCGUAAUGUAAAGAAAAUAAUAGGAUUUGAAAAGAUGAAUGAUAUUGCUUUCUAUGGUGUCUGCAUUGUUAACGCUGCCGUGUUUGUUUUAUUUUGGAUGAAUCCAAUUGCCCGUGAACGAUUUAGAUUAUUAGUCGUUGAUAUAGGAAACGGCGCAAAUGCCAUAGGAAACGGUAUAGGAAAUGCUGUGAAUCAUGCGUUUGGGACAAAUCAAGGAGACGAAGCAUCUCAAAACGAAGAAAUUGAGCUUCAACCUUUUGCUGGGCAAAGCGCUGAAGUUUGAGUUUUAACGAAUCUUUUCCAUCCCUCCUAUAAAUCACAUUUUCCUUGGAAGCAUUCAUAUCAAUUGCAAUCCCUCGAGUUUCUGCAUUCUUGUCCACAAAAGUAAGCACAGCUUCAUUCGGCAGGUUUGAUUGUUUUUCACGUUCACUCUUUUAUGAAUCUUUGGAUUCGUCUCGCAAUAGUGUUAUUUAUGAAUCGUUCGUUUUCUUUGUGACGAACAUCCUUGUUAAAGCAACCUUUUUAAUGAUUGUUUAAUUGUUAUGACGAUAAUUUUGCAAAAUAAUCAACCGAUUUCUAAUUCAAAGCUGGACGUAUUCAGAUUGGCCGUUUCAACUAAUGUAGUUUAAUAAUUUACUUCUCAAACUACAGCUUCGUCAACCGCUAUAAAUUCAGACAUUCAGUCUCAUACCUCAAUGACAAUCUAGCACAAUGUGAAUAGCUAGAAAAGAGAAAAUCAGUAUGCUUUAAUCUUUUAAGUAUCAAAAACCAUCCUCUAUAAAUUUUGUAAAAUAUGAGAUGAUGAAUAUCCACUACAAAUACAAAUACCUUUAGUUACACGUUCUGAAUGUCUACGGCCACACCUAGGCGAAAACACCAGUUCCCGUCCGAUCACUGCAGUUAAGCGUCUG